AUGACUUCUUAUAUGCAAUCAUCCUUUAGUAUUCAAACAAAGACUAAUUUUGACUUUUUACAACAACCUAGUGAUUCCGAUUCUGAUAAUGAAUCUAAACAAAUGUAGAAAGGGACAUAGAAAUAAACUUAACAGCGAGAUGCAAAAAAAUAAAAGAAACUGAUUGACAUUGAAUCAAUAAGAAAUGAAUUAGGAGUGAGACCUAUUACAGAGAAUGUGAAUCCUGAAAAUUAUUAUCGUAGAUAUUCUAGAAAGAGUAUUGUAACCUUAUCCAAUAUGAUAAUACCAACAUCGUCUAUUUUGAUUGAAUAAUUAAGUUAGAUUAAAAAGAUUAAGGAAAUUAGAAAAGAAGUGCCUCCUGAGUUAUUAGGUCGUAUUUACUCUGAAUUUAGGUAUGCUAUAAUAUAUAUUUAGAUUUCAAUCAGUACCAUAAUUGAAUCCUGUUUAUCGAUAAGGAGAUUAAAAUAAGAGAUUUUAUAUAAUACUAGAAGGAAAGGUGGUAGUGAUGAAACCAAAAGAGAAGAUGGUUGGAUCUAAUAAGUUAGAUUACAAUGAAAAUUCAAAGCCUGUUAAAAGGACAGAUUAAGAUCCAUAUGGAUUGAAUAGCGUGUUCCCAGAUUACAUUAUAUUGAAAAUACUAUUCUAAGGAGAGUAUGUAAAUAAAGAGCUAUAAAAGUUCAUUUGGAGAGGCUGCUAUUAAGUUAGACACAGCUAGAUCUUCAACCGUUUAUGCAUUAGAAUAGACUCAUUUAAUAUACUUGAGUGAAAUGGCAUAUUUAGAAUUAAUCAAUCCUUAUAUGAGUGCUGCAUUAGAUAAUAAAAUAAAUUACUUUUCCAAAACUCCGUUAUUUUAAUUCAUUGAACCAUCAGAAUUUAUGGGUAUAAUUUUAGAAUGUAAAAUGAUAACACAUCAUGCUGGUGAAAUUUUAUAUAAGGAGGAUGAUAAAGCUACUCAUAUCUAUUUUAUAAUUGAUGGUGAGAUUGAAUUAUCAAAAAAAGUAGGUUAAAAACAAAUAAUUUUAUCAUCAUAUGGAUAAUAUUAAGGAUUUGGAGAAGUUGAAAUAAUGUUAAAAAUCUCUCGAUUCAAUAAGGCUAAAGUUAUUACACCAAAAUUACAUGUUUAUAGAAUAAGAAAGAGAUAAUUCUUUGAUAAUUUAGGUAAUUAUUCUAUUUUUGAAAAUAUGAAAAAGAAUUCAAAUAUAAUUUUUAAACAUUGGUAAAAUAAAUNUUAAAAGGAAUAAAAUAGUAUAUAGGAUUAAAUUAAAAAAUCAAUUAUUUUAUAUAAAUGACUUCUUAUAUGCAAUCAUCCUUUAGUAUUCAAACAAAGACUAAUUUUGACUUUUUACAACAACCUAGUGAUUCCGAUUCUGAUAAUGAAUCUAAACAAAUGUAGAAAGGGACAUAGAAAUAAACUUAACAGCGAGAUGCAAAAAAAUAAAAGAAACUGAUUGACAUUGAAUCAAUAAGAAAUGAAUUAGGAGUGAGACCUAUUACAGAGAAUGUGAAUCCUGAAAAUUAUUAUCGUAGAUAUUCUAGAAAGAGUAUUGUAACCUUAUCCAAUAUGAUAAUACCAACAUCGUCUAUUUUGAUUGAAUAAUUAAGUUAGAUUAAAAAGAUUAAGGAAAUUAGAAAAGAAGUGCCUCCUGAGUUAUUAGGUCGUAUUUACUCUGAAUUUAGGUAUGCUAUAAUAUAUAUUUAGAUUUCAAUCAGUACCAUAAUUGAAUCCUGUUUAUCGAUAAGGAGAUUAAAAUAAGAGAUUUUAUAUAAUACUAGAAGGAAAGGUGGUAGUGAUGAAACCAAAAGAGAAGAUGGUUGGAUCUAAUAAGUUAGAUUACAAUGAAAAUUCAAAGCCUGUUAAAAGGACAGAUUAAGAUCCAUAUGGAUUGAAUAGCGUGUUCCCAGAUUACAUUAUAUUGAAAAUACUAUUCUAAGGAGAGUAUGUAAAUAAAGAGCUAUAAAAGUUCAUUUGGAGAGGCUGCUAUUAAGUUAGACACAGCUAGAUCUUCAACCGUUUAUGCAUUAGAAUAGACUCAUUUAAUAUACUUGAGUGAAAUGGCAUAUUUAGAAUUAAUCAAUCCUUAUAUGAGUGCUGCAUUAGAUAAUAAAAUAAAUUACUUUUCCAAAACUCCGUUAUUUUAAUUCAUUGAACCAUCAGAAUUUAUGGGUAUAAUUUUAGAAUGUAAAAUGAUAACACAUCAUGCUGGUGAAAUUUUAUAUAAGGAGGAUGAUAAAGCUACUCAUAUCUAUUUUAUAAUUGAUGGUGAGAUUGAAUUAUCAAAAAAAGUAGGUUAAAAACAAAUAAUUUUAUCAUCAUAUGGAUAAUAUUAAGGAUUUGGAGAAGUUGAAAUAAUGUUAAAAAUCUCUCGAUUCAAUAAGGCUAAAGUUAUUACACCAAAAUUACAUGUUUAUAGAAUAAGAAAGAGAUAAUUCUUUGAUAAUUUAGGUAAUUAUUCUAUUUUUGAAAAUAUGAAAAAGAAUUCAAAUAUAAUUUUUAAACAUUGGUAAAAUAAAUGUGAAGCUGCUUAAUAGACUAUUCAACAAUAAGAUGAAGUAAAAUAGUUAAAUAUAAUUAGAUUUUUAAAGCUGCUCAGGAUGUUUAAUAAAAUAAACCAAAUUUUUAAGCUAAACAUAUUCUUAAUAAGAAAUUAGUGGAAUCUCAAGGAUAAAAACUAUCUUAAGUCAAAUUAUUAUAGAAUAUUACAGAUGAUGAUCUAAAGAGCAUGAAAAUAGUUAAUACUUAAAAUUAAAGUGUGUUAUAAAAAGUAUACAGCAAUACUUUGCAAUAAUAUUAAGCUAGAUUAUUGAAGAAACCAUAAGUAGUUUAGUAAUCUCAAGAUGAAAAUUGUAUCAGAAAUUAAUUUACAAUAAAAACAUAAGCUGAUGUUUUGAAUGAAAAUAGCACUGAAUUUACUUCAUUAACAUCUAGAUCUUCUUAACCAGUGAUUAAGACUGAGAAUGUUCAUUAAUCAUAUGGUUAAUUGCCUUCACUUCACAUACCCUAAAAUCCUCCAUUAUAGACAGUAUUAGACACUCUUAGCACCCUUCCUAGAGUGCAUAAAGACAAUCUUGUUUUGUCUUUGAUGUAUUAAUAGGCUUUCAAAUCAGAGAAUCCAGAGAAGAAAGCUAAAUAGAUUUAAAAGGUGAUUUAGGCAUCUUAUAGAAAUGUGUAAAAGCAAUUCGAAUCAAAAAUUCAUCAUCAAAGUGAUAUCAACAAUAUUAGCAAUAAUUAGUCUAUAGAUAAACUAAGAUAGAAAUUUAAAUCAAGUAAAACUAAUGAUCUCAAUUCAACCAGAAGUAAUUAUGUGAGUUUUGUUCAAUAAAAAUAAUUAUGUUCUUAAAUCAAUUGA